AUGCAGGCGCACCGGUUCGUCGUUACCGCCUUCCUGACGGGCUCACGAAUCCUCGGCCGAUCCUUCAUGGCGGCCUACAAGCAGGCCCAAGCCGCGUCGCAGUACCAGCGUGCGCAGGCCAAAGCCGGCGGCGCCGCGUCAGGCCGAGCCUCCCUGGCGUCCGGCAUGACACUGGACGAGGCCUGCAAAAUCCUCAACGUCAAGCCCCCGGCCGGCGGGCAGGCAAACGUCGAGGAAGUCCUGGAGCGAUACAAGCGGCUGUUCGACGCCAACGACCCCCAAAAGGGAGGCAGCUUUUACCUGCAGAGCAAGAUUGUCCGGGCCAAGGAGCGGUUCGAGCGGGAACUGGGCCCUAUACGGGAAAAGGCGGAGCAAGAGGCCGAAGUAAAGGAGGGAUGGAAGCCAAAGGUCUACAAGGACAAAUAA